UUAUCCAUUCUCUUUCUCCUCCAAAAAUCCCACAAAUGUCGUCAGCUUAUUGUCCCUGCGCCGUGGCGGUAUCCGCCGCAUCCACCACCGCUUCCUCCGCCGCUACGUUUAAUCCGUUAUUCUCCUUCCGCUCCGAUUGCCGAAUCUUCUAUCGCUUCGCACCCAAAUCCUUCAAACUCGUUGCCAAUUGUCCCAACUCGCUGCUCCUCCACUCGAAUAUCCGUCGCCACCGCUUCUUCUGCGCCGUCGAAGACGAAAUCCCGGCGUCUGAAGAAGAAGAAGAAGAAGAAUUCGAAGAAGACGAAGAGGUAGAAGGAGAAGAAGACGCAGAUGAAAAACCCACGGCGCAAGCAAGUGGUGAGGAAGGGAGGCUCUACGUUGGGAAUUUGCCUUACACAAUCACUUCCUCUGAGCUCUCCGAACUUUUCGGAGAAGCCGGAAAUGUCGUCGAUGUUCAGAUUGUUUAUGAUAAAGUCACUGACAGAAGCAGAGGAUUUGGAUUCGUAACAAUGGGAAGCAUUGAAGAAGCUAAGGAGGCGAUUCAGAUGUUUAACAGCUCUCAAAUUGGUGGUCGAACAGUGAAAGUAAACUUCCCGGAGGUGCCGAGAGGCGGAGAGAGAGAAGUAAUGAGAACCAAAAUCCGUGAUACUAACCGGAGUUACGUAGACAGCCCUCACAAGAUCUAUGCAGGAAACCUUGGUUGGAGUCUAACCUCACAAGGUCUAAAAGAUGCAUUUGCAGAUCAACCUGGCGUGCUUGGUGCUAAAGUCAUCUAUGAAAGAAACAGUGGGAGGUCUAGGGGGUUUGGUUUCAUCUCUUUUGAGUCUGCACAAGAUGUUCAGUCUGCUCUUAGUGCCAUGAAUGGAGUGGAAGUUGAAGGACGAGCGCUGAGGCUAAAUUUGGCUUCGGAGAGAGCCACCGAGUCUGUUCCUUCUGUAGCACAAGGAGUGACUGAAGAGGAGAGUGUAGAGAGCAGCGAGGUGCUUUCGAACAUUUCAGACUGAUAACCAAAAAUUGAAAAUUUUGCUGUCUUUUAUUGUAUUCUACUGAGGCUAAAGAAGAAGCUUAUAUGUGAGAUAGAGAGAACAGGGGUUUGUCUGUAAUCUUAUUCAGAAAUGUUUCUUCCAUAAAUGGUGGAAUGUAAAAUCUCUUGAUCCCAGAGAAA